CUAUUCGACGACAUCCGUUUAAAGCACUCGUUGGGUUUUCUGGAAAUGUGUGCUUUUGUUUUGAAACAUGUUUCAUCUUCAAUUCAUGUCUUUAAGAAUGGAAAAUGAAUCAGACGCCGGCGUUUCUGCUAGGGCUCAGAGAAAAGCUCAAGACAAGGCUAAAAUACUGCAACGGGAGAAUCAGAGGAAGAUUUUUAAACUGGUGGCAAAGAUAUUGAAGAAGCAGGAGAGCGAGCGAACGCAGGAAGAGUCCGCGGAUCUCCUGCAGCACCGGGACACAGUGCAGGAGCUCAGCUCGCGGCAGGUCCGCAGGAACGUCCUCAAGAGGAAACAAGAGGAGGUGUUUGAUGAUUCUGAGGAGUUGAGAUUUAAAGUGGGACAGCUGGCUGAGGGGGUGCGACAGGCCCAACACCUAGUUAUCUACACAGGGGCUGGGAUCAGCACGUCAGCGUCUAUCCCAGACUACAGAGGACCUAAUGGGGUGUGGACAUUACUACAGAAGGGCCAACCUGUCAGCUCGUCGGACCUGAGCGAAGCAGAGCCCACUCUGACACACAUGUGUAUCAGGAUGCUGCACAAAGAGAAGAUGGUGCAGCACGUCGUGUCUCAGAACUGUGAUGGGCUUCACCUGCGCAGUGGCCUGCCUAGACACGCACUCUCUGAGCUACAUGGGAACAUGUUCAUCGAGGUGUGCACGUCCUGCUCCCCGGCGAGGGAAUACGUGCGCCUCUUCGACGUGACGGAGCGCACGGCGAGGCACCGCCACGGGACGGGGAGACGAUGUGUCCACUGCGGGGCGGAGCUCGGCGACACCAUCGUACAUUUCGGGGAGCGGGGUACCCUGGAGCAUCCGCUGAACUGGCGGGGGGCGUCGGAGGCCGCGGAGAGGGCCGACGUCAUCCUCUGUCUGGGCUCCAGUCUCAAGGUCCUGAAGAAGUAUUCCUGUCUGUGGAGCAUGAACAAACCGGCCAACAGAAGACCCAAACUCUACAUUGUCAAUCUCCAGUGGACACCCAAAGAUGACCUGGCCACACUGAAGAUCCAUGGGAAAUGUGAUGAUGUGAUGCGUGUUCUGAUGGAGGACCUCAACAUCCAGAUCCCUGCCUAUAACAAGAUGGAGGAUCCUAUAUUCAGUUUAGCCACACCGCUGAGGCUAGAAGAGGAGGACAGUCAUUCCCGGAAAGUGAUCGCUCAAUCUGCCGGUUCGGAGGGUUCCCGGGAACAGACAGGAGGGGGUGCAGUACAUGGAGGCUGGUUCGGAAAAGGAUACUCCAAAGGAAGGACGAAGAAGAAGAAGAAGGUGUAGGAGUAGAAGACAAAGGUGUAGAAGAAGGACACCAGCAUUUUUAUUUUAUUUAUAAUAGUGUUAUGAUUUCAUAUGAUAAUCCUUUAAGGAUAAGGUUGUGUCCUAAUCUCUGCUUUCUUCUGAACUGUGUACUGACAAACUUCCCAUGAAGAUUUAAAAGAUAAUGGGGGAAGAAAUAGAUCCCAGCUCAGGGGAUUUGAUCUUGCAAACGUAUGGAAACUCACUUUGGCCUGGUUUUUCAGUCCAUAUGUAGGUAAUAGUGAACAAGUACACACUUCUGGAGUAAGGAGAUAUAAUUGGGACACGCGUCGACUGUUCCUUUCCACGUUGAACGGUGCUUUAUAUGAGUUCCAUGGGACAGGCAUUUUAUGUUCGCUGUAUGCACGGCUCCCUGGAACGCUCCUCAGGUUGGUGGUCGGAGCUGUUGGUGUUGGAGAGUCCACUCACAUGUUUUGAUUAGUGUGUGUACGUUAAGUUGUGCCCACUGACAUCGAAGCACACUGACAGUAUUGUAAUUAUUAAGUAUUUUUAGGAACCGAUGGAUGGAUUUUAUUUUAUUUUGCCUGGAGUAAAGAGUGUCAGAACACCACAGAAUGACGGCAGGUGUCUGAGUUUUUAAAUGUGUCCCAAAUGGCCCCCCGUUCUUUCUAGGCCUUGGGGAAAAUGACCCUCUGUUUUUUCUAGGCCCUGGGGCAAAUGGACCCCCGUUCUUUCUAGGCCUUGGGGAAAAUGACCCUCCAUUUUUUCUAGGCCCUGGGGCAAAUGGACCCCCGUUCUUUCUAGGCCAUGGGGAAAAUGGACCCAUGUUCUUUCUAGGCCCUGGGGAAAACUGCAGCCCUGCAUAGGGAACAGGUGCCAUUUGGGAAGCAGGCUCUGUGUUGAUCUUAGUAUUUUAUUGGUGCUACACAUGUUUACAGGAGGCCUUCGCCUAAAUGUUGCUGUAACUUCACUCAAGUUAAUUGUGGAGAUGCUCAGAGGGUAGUUUCCCUUUAGUACAGACCGAGGAUCAGCUCAGGGGAAAAUAUUAAACUGACCCAAGAUCAAUGCUAAAGGACAACUUUGACAUUCUCCUCAGAAGACAGUGAUGAACACUGAGUGAGAGCUUGAUUACUACUGGCAUAACUACAGCAAUGGUCACAAUGUGAAGCCUAGGGGCGAAUCUCUAUUUUGAAAUGUGUAUAACCCUGGUGUUUCAGAUUAUCGCUAUGUAGCGCACAUUGUCCAUUGACGAGUUUCGCACUGUUACGAGAUUAAUAAAUGUAAAUGAAUAAAGUUUUCUCAGACACAUA